AACCUCGGGGAGUACCACCCCCGAGUACCACCACAGUAUCAGUACUGCACUGUUGACUUGUCCCUUCGCGUUCCGUUCAACACCUAAACUGCCAGGCUUCCGUAUGACAUCACAACUAAACAUGGCGGCGCGCGAGAAAUCAAACGACUGAGGGUGAAAAACACAACAAAACACGUGUCGUCGCCCUUUAGAAUGAUUCAAAUCGACCAACAACAGAAAUGUUGAGCAGGAUUAACAUCGCUAUCAUCGGUUUAACCCACCAUGUCCGAGCCGAGGACGCUGUCCACCGUUACCGCUUCAUCAUCGUCGUUCCCGUGUGGCCCCACCACUGAUGUGUCGAGGUCUGCGUCCAAAGUUGGUCGCGGAAAAAGUCAGGACGCUGACGUCUCGUCAAGGACCGUAUGCAAAGAAUUGCAGAGUCCUCCAAGCCGAGGCUACCGCAGACCUUUUGAAGUAAAUCAUGGAUAUUCUCCAGGGGAUGUGGAGCCGUCUCAAGACAUCGUGUGGGACUCCACAUCACCCACCCAAACAGGGAGGGAGCUAAAAAAUGUCAAACAUGUGGAAAUAGCAGACAUUGUCAACCGCAUUGCACCAAAGGAGACAAAAAGUCCACAGUCGCCAAUGUGGCAGUGGAUCGGCGACAGCCCCAUAUCGUUGACACCUGAGAGGCCCAAAGUCAGAGUGAGGAAGAAGUCCGUUCGCCCAUCGGUUAACAGUGAGCUCUUCAGGCAGAAAGGUAUGGACGACCUGAUAAAACUGGCCCGGCAGUUUGACAAAUACAUGCAGCAGGACAAGGAGGCCUUGGCGCAGCCGGGUGAAAAUGAUAACUGUAAAAUCAACAAAACGUCAGAAGAAACGUCUUCGCCGAACCAAACCGAAGCCGAGCUGCGAGCCCUUUUUGACUCAUCCACUCAGAAAGUCAGUGGCGGCCUCAGCCCGGUUUCCUCCAAAUCCUCUCAAGACCCAAGCCAGCACAGCAGGUCCACUUCCGGUGCUAAGGACGUCAAGGAAGGCUUUGACGACGACUGGGAGAACGACGACAUGCUCAACGAUCCUUCUUUGCUGGCUCUGAUCCAGAAUCCCGAUCGGGGCAGCCUGCAGGAAUUGUGUCCAAACGUCAAGCCCCCUCUCAGAAGCACUUUCAAGUUGGCUCCCAACCCUCACUCGCGGUCAUCCGACUCGGAGAUGCCGAAAGUGACGAUUUCUGACUGGGACGACAGAGAGGACGAUGCGCUCUUCUACCAGGCGUGCGACAUCGUGGAGAAGGUCUCCCAACCGCCUAAAAGCACCACCACACCUCUGCCUAUCCGCCAAAUGUCACCCAAUGUCUGCAAGUCACCACGCAAUUUCACGCGAUCCAAUUCUUUACCGGGAAAAACUGUGAAGGGCCACCAAGAGUGGAACCCCCUGAUGUCGAAGAGUCUCCCGGCUGGUGAAUCGUCACAGGUGGCGUUCAAAAGCAGCGGGCGCAACACCACGGACAACAAAAGCAAAGUGUUUGUCACCAGCCAGAUGACGGCCAAGUGCUCCGAGGCCGAAAUCGAACGCAAGAAGCAAGCGGCGUUAGCCAGGAGGCGCCAGCGGAUGCAGUACGCACAGAAACCGAUGAAAAACACAAGGACUCCGUCAUGCUGCUAGUGGAAAGACUAAGUUACAGUUGCCACCAUUGAAAGACUUUUCUUUCAUUUCUCAAUGCUAUAUUUACAAAUUUUGAGUAAGUAGCUGUUGAUCAUUUCAAAUGGUUUCGUAAAGCUUUUGUUGUCUGUGACAAUAAUGUGAUAACAUUUAAGCGACACUUUACUUUUGCACAUUUUCUAGCAUGUUCGUGAAACAUUUCCACUAUUUCUGUUUACAGUUUGAAGGAGUUUUGAUAAUAAAUGGAGGUGACCGGGACGUCUUUAUUUUAUGUAUGCUGCUUGUAGUUUACACUGCCGAGGAAGUUUUUUUUUUUUUUUUUCUCCUGGGGAAUUGCGCAUCUACAGCUAAGUGAACUUUAUCAUAUUUGUUUGUUGUUUCACUAAUUUGAGGAAAUAUGUCAGGGGAGGGUUGCAAGUACAUACUGUUUUGUUUUGUUUUGUUUUUUCCCAAAGAUUAGAGAUUGCUUUUUUAUCUUUUUUGGCACUAGUCAAAAAAAGAUGUCAUGACCACAAAUAAACGUUCCCCCCCCAAAAAUGUAUGUC